AGCACUAUUUUGGUGGCAAUUAUAUCUAUUUUUUAAAAAAUAAAAAUAAAUUGUGUUCUUGCUAAUACCAUUAUAUAUAUUUUCAGUCAAAUUAAACAUUAUAUAUAUACAUAUUUAUAUAUUCGUUAACUGACACAUGAUGAUAUUAGUAGCUCAAGCAAAAGAUACAUCUACUGGGAAUAGUGCUCCGCCUAUGGAUUAUGCUCGGUUAAGAUGUACCAUAGAAAACUUUUCGAAGCUUGAUUGCAAUAACCAUUAUUCAGAUAUUUUCUAUGCAGGAGGAUACAAAUGGAAGAUACAAAUUGUCCCAAAAGGCAACUAUGUGGAUUUUUUGUCGAUGUAUUUAGUAGUGGCGGAUUCCAAAACUUUGCCUCUUGGAUGGAGUAUAUGCGUUAAGUUUUUCACCUUAUCAGUUAUUAAUCAAAAUCCUGAAUUAACAGUUGAAAAUGAAGCAAAAAAUCACGUGUUCAAUGAUAAUGGUGAGAGUUGGGGCUUCCAUACAGUCAUUCCUUUGAGUGAAUUAAAUGAUCCUAGCAAAGGUUUUCUUGUAAGAGAUGCGUGCACAGUCGAAGCAGAGGUAAGGGUGAAUAGUGAAGAACAUGUCAAAAGAGAAAAUAGAGAAGCUGAUCAGGUGAUUAUGCCUGAUGUUUACUAACUAAUAGUUUCUUUACAAUAAUAAUACAACUAGAGAUAUAUAAAAAUAUAUAUUUUUUUGUUUAUAUUAAGUCAUGCAUCUAUAAUUCUUAAGUUACAUUUUAUCGAUCAGAAGUCAACUUCCUCAGAAACAAAAAGAACUACUUCAAAAUUUGACCCUUUGUUUGUUGAAAUUCAAAGUAUAAUAGAAGGAGGGAGUUUUAAGCCAGACAAGUUUGUAAGCAGCUUUGGCACUUCAUUGACAAUUGAGGAGAUUAUCUAUUCAAAAGAUAUCUUCAAACAAUGCCUAGAUAUUGAUCUUGAUAAUGUCAUCCAAUUGGGUAGAGAUUUUGAGCUCAAGAAAUCACUUUCAAUUUUGCUAAGUAGCAAUGCCUUUCCAAAGAACAUGGUGGAUGAGAUAACUAAGUUUGUGGCUAACUUUGUUCAAAGUUGUGAGCAAUAUGAAGUUGCCAAACAAGACCUAAGAGAGGUCCUGGAGAAGGAGAAGUCAAUAGAUGAUCAGAAAAAAGCUAUGAAGGAAUUAUCUUCUAAUAAGUUCUUGCCAGUAAGGAAACAAGCAGAGUGUGUUGAUCGAGAAGUAGACGAGCUUGAAAGUCAGCUGACUGAAAGGAAGGCGAAGAAGGCAAGACUUAGUAAGGUGCUUGAAGUUUUGGCUGAUCAAGCAAAUGCUUUAAAACAGUCACUUGUUAGAGAUGAAGAGGAUCAUGUGAAGUUUUGUGUGCUUAAAAAAAACAAGGCAGAGAAGGUAAUUGGUGACAUUAAAAAGUCGUGGGAGUCUUUGAAACUUGGUUGUUCUAAUAUGCGUUUGUAAACCAUUCAAACAAAUAUUAGUUCUUUUGUUGUUUUCUAGUUUUUUCUCAUAGUUAGAAUCUACUUUCACACAAUUUGUUGAUUGAACUAUAUGGUUGUGCUUAAUAUCCCCAAGUGGACAACAUUUGCAUUUUAAUACAUUGUCUUUUUUCAUUACAAAACUCCAUCUUUGUAAUUAGUUAAAGAAAGGCUCUAAGAAAUCCAUCAAUACACAUGGGAUGUGUGAACAAUGAAAA